AUGGAACCAGACUCGGGAAUGUUGGCCAAGGACUACACGCUGAAACUACGUCUCUGGAGGCGCUACACAACUCCGUGGCAGAAAAUUGUUUCCCACCCCUAUGAAGGAUCUGGAACUGAGGAGAAUCCUUAUAUCGUUACCUGGCUAGAUGAUGGGGAUGAUGAGAACCCCCUAAAAUGGUCAUCAGGUUAUCAAUGGACAGUAACAUGGCUUGUAGCCUGGACAACUCUGGCCGCAUCAUUUGCGUCUUCGUCAUAUUCUGCAGCUAUACAGAAAGUUCAACAAGACUUCCCUGGCUACUCGUCGCAGGUUUACAUCAUGGGUAUUAGCGCAUUCGUAUUGGGUUAUGCUUUUGGCCCUCUUCUGUGGGCUCCAAUGUCCGAGGUUCUAGGUCGCCGACGCCUCUUCAUUGUUGCGUACACUCUUUUUACAAUUUUCAAUGCCGCAGUUUGUGCAUCCCAGAAUAUUUGGACCUUGACAAUAUUACGAUUUCUGGCAGGGUCAUUCGGUGCCUCUCCUCUCACCAACGCUGCUGGUGUGGUUUCAGAUAUUUUCCCGGCCGAAAAGCGAGGUAGUGGUAUGGCUAUUUUCUCAGCUGCACCCUUUACUGGUCCUACCCUUGGCCCAAUUGUUGGUGGCUUUCUGGGAGAAGCUGCUGGUUGGAGAUGGGUCUGCGCCACCAAUGCGAUACUCUCAGGAACACUUACUAUUCUGGGCACAUUGACCAUUCCCGAGACAUACUCACCAGUAUUAUUGCGAGAAAGAGCAAAUAAUCUUACUGCGGCUAGUCAAUUACCAAAUGGGGGAGGGAGGGUAUAUCGAAGCGUAUUUGAUGACAACCCUCGCUACAUUGCCUUGCUCCGGAACCACAGGGAGAAAACCACCAACACACCUCUCCCGCCAGAAUCUCGUCUCGCACCAGCAAUGUUAGGAGCUAUCCUUCUUCCGCUGGGGCUGUUCUGGUUCGCAUGGACAUGCCAGCCCAGUGUUCACUGGAUUGUCAGUAUCCUUGCCAAUAUUCCGUUUGGAAUGGGAAUGGUCAUGAUAUUUUUGAGUUUUUUUGUAUGGCUUCUACUAUCCGACGCGGUUGUUGCUUACUCUACUAACAUUGGAGGGAAGACAUAUAUCGCUGACGUGUAUAAUGUACAUGCUGCCUCGGCCUUGGCUGCAAACUCGGUAUUGCGUAGUUUGUUCGGUGUAGCCUUUCCACUUUUCACGACUGCCAUGUACGACAGUCUGGGUAUUAAUUGGGCCUCUACGCUGGUAGCAUUCCUUGCCCUAGCGAUGACACCCCAACCGUUUCUCUUCUACAAGUAUGGCAAGAAAAUUCGACUCAGAUCCAAGUUUUCUCGACACGCUGCAGAAACCUCGCUGGAAUAG